AUGGAUGGUAAACGGCGGCCAGGCCCAGGCCCCGGCGUGCCCCCGAAGCGGGCCCUUGGGGGCCUCUGGGAUGAAGAUGAGGCACCUCAGCCAUCCCAGUUUGAGGAGGAGCUGGCGCUGAUGGAGGAGAUGGAGGCGGAGCACAGGCUACAAGAACAGGAGGAGGAGGAGUUGCAGCCAGCCUUGGAGGGGGCUGCAGAUGGGCAGUUAUCCCUGUCAGCCAUAGAUUCUCGCUGGCUUCGGCCCACCCCGCCCACCCUUGACCCCCAGACGGAGCCCCUCAUCUUCCAGCAGUUGGAGAUCGACCAUUAUGUGGUCCCCCCAGGCCCAGCACAGCCUCUGCCUUGGGGGCCCCCAUCCUGCGGCUCCGUGCCUGUGCUCCGCGCCUUCGGGGUCACUGAUGAGGGCGUCUCUAUCUGCUGCCACAUCCACGGCUUCUCUCCGUACUUCUACACCCCAGCGCCCCCUGGUUUUGGGCCCGAGCACCUGGUGGAACUGCAGCGGGAACUGAACACAGCCAUCAGCCGGGACCAGCGUGGAGGAAAAGAGCUCACAGGGCCAGCCGUGCUGGCCGUGGAGCUGUGCUCCCGCGAGAGCAUGUUCGGGUACCACGGGCACGGCCCCUCACCAUUUCUGCGCAUCACCCUGGCGCUGCCUCGCCUUGUGGCACCUGCCCGCCGCCUCUUGGAGCAGGGCAUCCGUGUGGCGGGCCUGGGCACCCCCAGCUUCGCACUCUAUGAGGCUAACGUGGACUUCGAGAUCCGGUUCAUGGUGGACACAGAUAUCGUCGGGUGCAACUGGCUGGAACUCCCAGCUGGGAAAUACCUCCUGAGGCCAAAGGAGAAGGCUACCCUGUGUCAGCUGGAAGCAGACGUGCUGUGGUCAGACGUGGUCAGUCACCCACCAGAAGGGCAGUGGCAGCGCAUUGCGCCCCUGCGCGUGCUCAGCUUCGACAUCGAGUGUGCUGGCCGCAAAGGCAUCUUCCCUGAGCCUGAGCGGGACCCCGUGAUCCAGAUCUGCUCGCUGGGCCUGCGCUGGGGUGAGCCGGAGCCCUUCCUGCGCUUGGCACUCACCCUGCGGCCCUGCGCCCCCAUCUUGGGCGCCAAGGUGCAGAGCUACGAGCAGGAAGAGGAACUGCUCCAGGCCUGGUCCACCUUUGUCCGCACCAUGGACCCUGAUGUGAUCACCGGCUACAACAUCCAGAACUUUGACCUCCCAUACCUCAUCUCUCGGGCCCAAUUCCUGAAGGUACAGACAUUCCCUUUCCUGGGCCGCGUGGUGGGCCUCCGCUCCAGCAUCCGGGACUCAUCGUUCCAGUCGAAGCAGAUGGGCCGGCGGGACAGCAAGGUGGUCAGCAUGGUGGGCCGUGUGCAGAUGGAUAUGCUGCAGGUGCUGCUGCGAGAGUACAAGCUGCGCUCCUACACUCUCAAUGCCGUGAGCUUCCACUUCCUGGGUGAGCAGAAGGAGGAUGUACAGCACAGCAUCAUCACAGACCUGCAGAACGGAAACGACCAGAGUCGCCGCCGCCUGGCUGUGUACUGCCUCAAGGAUGCAUUCCUGCCACUGCGGCUGCUUGAGCGACUCAUGGUGUUGGUGAAUGCCAUGGAGAUGGCACGUGUCACCGGUGUGCCCCUCAGCUACCUGCUCAGCCGUGGCCAGCAGGUCAAGGUCGUGUCCCAGCUGCUGCGGCAGGCCAUGCACGAGGGGCUGUUGAUGCCCGUGGUGAAGUCGGAGGGUGGCGAAGACUACACAGGAGCCAUUGUCAUCGAGCCCCUUAAAGGGUACUAUGACGUCCCCAUUGCCACCCUGGACUUCUCCUCACUGUACCCAUCCAUCAUGAUGGCCCAUAACCUGUGCUACACCACGCUUCUGCGGCCUGGGGCUGCCCAGAAACUGGGCCUGACCUCGGAUCAGUUCAUCAAAACGCCCACAGGGGAUGAGUUUGUGAAGACAUCAGUGCGGAAGGGGCUGCUACCCCAGAUCCUGGAGAACCUGCUCAGCGCCCGGAAGAGGGCCAAGGCCGAACUGGCCAAGGAGACAGACCCUCUGCGACGGCAGGUCCUGGAUGGGCGGCAGCUGGCGCUGAAGGUGAGCGCCAACUCCGUAUAUGGCUUCACCGGCGCCCAAGUGGGCAAGUUGCCAUGCCUGGAGAUCUCACAGAGUGUCACUGGGUUUGGGCGUCAGAUGAUUGAGAAAACCAAGCAACUGGUCGAGUCCAAGUACACAGUGGAGAACGGCUAUGGUGCCAAUGCCAAGGUGGUGUAUGGUGACACUGACUCUGUCAUGUGCCAAUUCGGUGUCUCCUCUGUGGCUGAGGCAAUGGCUCUGGGGCAGGAGGCUGCAGACUGGGUAUCAGGUCACUUCCCACCGCCUAUCCGGCUCGAGUUUGAGAAGGUCUACUUCCCCUACCUGCUCAUCAGCAAGAAGCGCUAUGCAGGCCUGCUCUUCUCCUCCCGGUCAGACACCCACGACCGCAUGGACUGCAAGGGCCUGGAGGCUGUGCGCAGGGACAACUGCCCCCUCGUGGCCAACCUAGUCACCGCCUCACUGCGCCGCCUGCUCAUUGACCGAGACCCCAAGGGUGCCGUGGCCCACGCACAGGAGGUCAUCUCAGACCUGCUGUGCAACCGCAUUGACAUCUCCCAGCUGGUCAUCACCAAGGAGCUGACCCGUGCGGCCGCUGACUACGCCGGCAAGCAGGCCCAUGUGGAGCUGGCCGAGAGGAUGAGGAAGCGGGACCCUGGGAGUGCACCCAGCCUGGGUGACCGCGUCCCCUACGUGAUCAUCGGCGCCGCCAAGGGCGUGGCUGCCUACAUGAAGUCCGAGGACCCCCUCUUUGUGCUGGAGCACAGCCUGCCCAUUGACACACAGUACUACCUGGAGCAGCAGCUUGCCAAGCCGCUCCUGCGCAUCUUCGAGCCCAUCCUGGGCGAGGGCCGCGCUGAAGCCGUGCUGCUGCGGGGGGACCACACACGCUGCAAGACAGUGCUCACAGGCAAGGUGGGUGGCCUCCUGGCCUUCGCCAAACGCCGCAACUGCUGCAUCGGCUGCCGCACUGUGCUCAACCACCAGGGAGCUGUGUGUGAGUUCUGCCAGCCCCGGGAGUCAGAGCUAUAUCAGAAGGAGGUGUCCCACCUGAAUGCCCUGGAGGAGCGCUUUUCACGCCUCUGGACCCAGUGCCAACGCUGUCAGGGCAGCCUGCACGAGGACGUCAUCUGCACCAGCCGAGACUGCCCCAUCUUCUACAUGCGCAAGAAGGUUCGGAAGGACUUGGAGGACCAGGAGCAGCUUCUGCGACGCUUUGGUCCCCCUGGCCCUGAAGUCUGGUGACCUCGGUGGCACUGACAAGGAUGGGGGUGGGGAGGAGAUUGGUGAGAAUUAAUAAAGUUCAGGCCUUUUGCUA